GGUGAUUCUAUAUUCGCUUGCAUUUGACACUGACAGUGACAGAAAUACCUCCACCAACAUCAUUGGAGGGUGAAAAUUAAUUCAGUGCACUCCCUAGGCCUUCCGUGAUUUGCGACACUUUUUUUGGAUGUCAAUAUCACCGGGAAGUGGACAUACCGUACUCUGUCAGACCGUCUGCCCGCGUUGGGGAAAUAUCUACUUGAAAAUUGUUAAGAAAUGUCACGAUCAGGAGCGCUGAAGCUCUCGAAGCUCCGUGAGUUGAUGACCCAGGUACCAACCCGGGACAAUGGUCGAGGAAUUCAAGCGCUGCUCGUCGCCUCCGAGGACGCUCACCUCUCCGAGUACAUAACCGAUCACGACAAGCGUCGAGAAUUCAUAUCCGGUUUUAAAGGCUCCUUGGGAACAGCGGUGAUAACCCAGAAGGAGGCAGCCCUCUGGACAGAUGGAAGAUACUACUCCCAGGCGGAAACCGAGCUCGAUCCCCCGGACGCCUGGAUCCUGAUGAAGAGAGGGACAGCUGGAACUCCGAACGAAGAGGAUUGGCUCAUCUCCCAGCUACCAGAGAACUCCACAGUCGGUGCCGAUCCCAACCUGGUGGCAUACUCAACGUGGCUGCACCUGGAGAUGAUGCUGGGUGAGGCAGGUCACUCCCUCAUACCAUUGAAAGAAAAUUUAAUCGAUCGGCUCUGGGGUGACGAUCAGCCGGCGCUCACUCUGAAUCCAAUAGUUCCUCAGCCGCUAAAAUUCACCGGGCAAAAAUCGUGCGAAAAAAUCGCUAAAUGUCGAGCGCAGAUGGUCGAGCAGAGAGUUCGGGCUCUUGUCAUCACCAAUUUGGAUGAAAUUGCGUAUCUUCUCAAUCUGAGAGGCUCCGACAUCCCUUACAACCCAGUCUUCUUCGCGUACGUCAUCCUGACACAAUCAGAUGUCCACUUUUUCGUCGACAAGAGCAGAUUGACACCAGAGGCUGAAGCACAUCUGAUUGAUGAGGAAGUCCAAGUGGUUUAUCAUCCCUACGACGAUGUCAAGAUAUUCCUCCAGAAGAUCACGUCCGAAACGGCGAUGAAGGACGACAAAAUUUGGAUUCAUCAUAACGCGAAUUACGCGCUCCACUAUUUUUGUGAAGCGGUGAAGAAGCAUGUUAGCAUCACACCUACCAAGGUGAUGCAGAUUGUGAAGAAUGAGGUGGAGAUCGAGAGCAUGAAGAGGGCUCAUCUUCGAGAUGCCGCGGCAUUAGUGAAGUAUUUUGCUUGGCUGGAGGACAGAGUCAAGAGCAAGGCAGAACCUCCUGAAACGGAGAUUUCAGGGGCUAGUCAGCUGGAGAAGUUCAGAAGUGAAAUGGAAAAUUUUGUGGGUUUGUCAUUUCCAACGAUAUCAUCAGUUGGAGCACAUGGUGCAAUAAUUCAUUACAGUCCGUCCCCUGCCACCGAUGUACCAAUUACCGAUAAGGAAAUAUAUCUCUGUGAUUCUGGGGCCCAAUACUACGAUGGGACCACUGAUGUCACCAGAACUUUCCACUUUGGGGAGCCAACGAGCUUCCAGAGAGAAUGUUUUACUCGGGUGUUCAAAGGACAAACUGCCCUGGCCACUGCCAUUUUUCCUAUUUAUCUCAAGGGAAAUUAUCUCGAUACACUGGCUCGAAAGAGUCUCUGGGAUGUUGGAUUACAUUAUCUUCAUGGAACCGGACACGGUGUCGGCGCAUACCUGAACGUUCAUGAAGGCCCGAAUGGAAUUUCCUGGAGGCCACUACCAGAUGAUCCUGGCGUACAGCCGGGAGUAUUCUUCUCUAAUGAACCUGGAUUCUAUGAAGAUGGACAGUUUGGGAUUCGCCUGGAGAAUGUUCAAUACGUCGUUCCAACGACUACAACGUAUCAUCACAGAGAUCUACAGUUCCUCACGUUUGAACCAGUCACUUUCGUCCCCAUUCAAACGACUCUCCUGGACAUCUCUCUGCUCACUGAUGAAGAGAUAACGUAUCUGAACAAUUACCACGCCCGUUGUCUGGAGCUUCUCCGACCCCUGCUUCAAGGAGAGGAGAACGUCCAGGCCCUGAAAUGGCUGGAAAAGGAGACCAGACCCAUUUCUAGAUAAUCCAGGAUAACAACCACAAGCUACGAAAAUCAACGAAACACCAAUGUUCCAUCUAGAGAACUAUUAAUACUGGAGAAAGGGUGAAUGAAUAAAACUGAUGGUGAAGUAUUUUCAUACAAUAUGCUUUUUAUUCAUUACUUAUAUAAUUAUCAUUGAGCGAUGGAAUACACUUAUGUACAGCUUUGGUAGGUCUCUGUUUAUCACAAUGACAUUGCCUGAAUUUCAGGACGAUGUGCUCUUGAAUGUUUAUACAAAUAUAAGUAUUAUAUUAUCAUAAUCUUUACAAUACAAUAUUAUUGGAAAUAGAAUAA